CUCCCACUUCUGCAAGCCCGAGCGACGAAAAGGUGCCUUUUCUCGCGCUCUCUUCUUGCCGACCUUUUCCUCUUGUCUCGUGUGGUGAUGACACUGCACAGGUCGUCCUUGCUUGCGAAUUAUUUUUUUGCUCGUCUGCCCGAACCACUCACACCUACAUCCCAUCAAUAUCCUGGCUUCGACGCUGGUAAUGCUGCCAGAAGCCCAACAACACACGAGCACCCCGUCCUGUUCGCUAUCCCAUCCUUAGCCCGCCUGCUGCACGCGACUCUCGCUCCAAUCCGCCCCGGUAAUGUCGAGUGCGGAUGAUGGUGAACGUGGGGGCACUGCAGCUGCAACUUCGCGCGCAACCUCCGCCGUCCAGUCCCCUGCCGACCACUCCCAUCAUUCUUCGGCCUCUACAUCACAGCCCUCUUCCACUCUUGACGACACAGACUUCUCAAUUUGGUCCAGCAGCCUGGGCUCUCAUACCGUAAAUACUAUUUCCACCAGCCAGUCGCCCGCCCAUUUGUUCUCGACCGACACCUCCAAUAAUCCCACUGCCAAUUUCCCUCACCCUACAAAAGCCGCAAAUCCCAGCCUCAGUCCCAACCUGGAUCUCUCCACCCCAGACGUCCUUGCUCGCAAUGAGUCGCUGCUACGGGACGCCGUCUUCCCCGAGUGGAAGGACGAUGCUCAAUCCUCCGUCCUCGACAGUCCAGAAGAGAUGCAGAAGAAGGACCCUCUAGGCACUCAGAUAUGGAAAUUGUAUAGCCGGACCAAAUCUCGUCUGCCCAACCAGGAGCGCAUGGAAAACCUGACUUGGCGGAUGAUGGCUAUGAAUCUACGCCGUCGAGAGCAACAGCAAGCAGCGUAUGGGAAUUCGGGUCUGGUGGGCAGCGACCGUCCGAGCGCUGUGACUGACCAUCUCUCUAGAGCAAAGCAAGCACAGUUCCAGAACCCUACUCCUCCUUCCUCGGCCCCUAGUGGCAUAGCACAGCAGCUCCGCAAGUCAGUGGACAAGUCUGCUGAAACCGAGCAACCCGCAGAUCCCAUGAACCUCGACGACUUUAUCGUGCCGAGCUCAGUCGCCUCUCCAGCAGGGAUAACAUCUCCCGCGCCGUCAGAGACGGCGGGGCGACCAAAGACGACACAGGCACCUCCUAUCCCCAUUACUUCCCGUAACAAGCCCCAAGUCCAGAUUCCGAAGAAUCUACCUCCGUCAUCAAUGCCCCAGACCUCCAUCCCAACGCAUCGGACGACAGAAUUCGAGUACGUCAAGAAGAGAGUUCGCAAGACGAGCAUUGACGAGAGGAGAGGUAACCGCAAGCGUCCGGCGGAAUUCUCUCCUCAAGUGCCUCCUUUACCUGCCCCUCAUGCCACAAAUGGUGCAGAAAUGGAUGCUGGUGUACCUGACUACGCGCUUGAUCAGACAACAGCCGCCCAGUUCUCGGGCCAGCCCAACUUCCAGGGCUCAAUGUCUCUCCACCUUGAUUCUUUCCACCUCAGUGAUGACCCAAUCCUGACAUCUGCUGGGCCAUUCCAACAAAACUUCGCCUUUUCUCCUGCGGCCUCACCCAUGGUCACCAAUGGGCCGUUCUCGAAUGUAUAUACACAAUCUUCAAUGGGUUCGUCCUUGAACUCUGCGGAUUUCUAUUCCCCUCCUCAAUCCGGCUAUCCUUCUGCCGUUUCAACGCCCCAGCCGGGCCACGAAGUAGACGGUCAAGGGUUUUACUUUGACCAGAGUGGUCACACGCGGACCAUGCCCUUCUAUCCAUCUCACCGAGGGAAUCAUUUGAUGACGCCUGCGGCCCCUCAGUUUGCGUACGGGCCCAACAAUGAGCAAGUGUACUCCCUUAUGAAUGGGGUGCCUUCAGCGCAGACGGCAAAUGGGUUUUCGAUGCAGCAACAUGUUGAUCCUUCCCGAGUACUGGUUCCGGAGUACGGACGACGAGUCUCUCCUGGAGUUUCUGUGGCAGGGAAUGACAAUUUGUUCCAGUUCGGCGCCGAUUCUGAUGCGGAAGACGAGGAUGCCAAUUUUGCAAUGAUCCAAUCCGAAUAUGGCCAGAUUAGUGACCCAACAUUGGACUUGAAUUCGGGCUUGCAGUGGGACCCAAACGUAGCCGAUUAUGGCAACAUGCAGCGAUUCGGCAGCGCCCCCGGGAAACAGGUGCGAAUUGGAGGAGCAGAAAUGGUCAAUUCGCCUCCGGAUUGGGGUUCCUCGAUGCUUAGUCGAACGCAUGGCUCAGCAGCCUCAAUCAGCGACAUUCGAAACCGCGACCAAGACCCAAGGAGACAGAAAAUUCCCCGGACGACCUCGACCCCAGCCUUAUCUAACCAGCAUAUGCAGUCUACUGGUAGCUCACCCGGUGAGUCCGGCUUUAGCAGUCGACAACCGUCGAGACCAGGCAGCCCUGGGCCGAAGAAUACGGAUCAAAAUGGUGUUCCAACAACCUGCACCAACUGUUUUACUCAGACCACGCCUCUUUGGCGACGCAACCCGGAAGGCCACCCCCUGUGCAAUGCAUGUGGAUUGUUUCUCAAGCUGCAUGGUGUUGUGCGUCCCUUGUCGCUCAAGACUGAUGUCAUCAAGAAACGUAAUCGUGGUAGUGGAAAUACGGUGCCUAUGGGGUCAGCAGCCACGAGAGCAUCCAAAAAGGCCUCUCGAAAGAAUUCCGUGCAACAGACACCGGCAACAACGCCGACGUCGGGCAAUGCUGCGAGCGAGCAGAAUUCGGCCUCCCCAUCCUCUGUGCAGGGCUCUGCACAUUCAGGAUCGGUCGUGACCACACCCACAAGCUAUCCACCUGGCACCACAGGAGGAAAGCCCGGGGUCGUACCAAUCGCUGCGGCUCCACCAAAACCACCCGUUCAGCCUGGUCCCAACAUGGCCAGGCCGGUUCAGGUGACACCGAAACGCCAGCGACGGCAGUCACGGGCGUCAACCAACACAUUGCCCAUCAUCGCCGGAAACAGUGGUCCGACAAAUGAGGCGGAAAUGCACGACGCCAGCCAGUCGACACCCAAGGUCACUCAAGCCCCGGUGACCCGGGCCAAGGCUGCCAGUAUGUCUUCGACCGCGGGGGCCACCACAAUGGCAUCGGUGAUGCAGGGCGGCCUGCUCAAUCCCGGUGUCCAGAACAUGGCUAGCGGUCCGCAUGGAAACAGCCAAGAAUGGGAGUGGCUGACCAUGAGUCUGUGAUGACACUCUACCCAUUCACCGCGUCUUCACGUCCAGGCGACUGUUGCGCGGAUCAAAUUGCAGAGAAAUGCCAGUGGCCAGUUUUGCUUUCGUUAUUUUGUGUUGCACAUAGACCCGUUUUGCCCUGUCUUCCUCAUACAACCUACCAAGGUCCUACUCCAGCUGCACGAUUUGACGACCAUGCGAUAAACGAAUCUCCAACUUUUCUACUGUUGUACGCCUCUAGCCCCCGGUUCGUUGUCGGAGAGCAAUGGAGAGCACGCAACUAGAGCCUGCACGACAGGAUAUCUCACGGGUGAUCAAACCUAUCCUUUGGGGUGAUGUGUUGGGUGUCUUGAUGAGCAAGAAUCUAAUGGAGGAGGAUUUGCCGUCCAAGUGCAAAUUGUGAUUUUGUCGAUUUACAACAGUGAUAUCACCGCGUCUGUCUCGACAUGCUUGAAGAUACAGAGCCUCGAGCAGAAGUGCGCACUUGAUUUUUGUGUUUGGGAAAAGGAAACCAGUUUUUGAAUGUCUAAGUCGGUAGAGGACUAAUGAAUAGAUGGCUGGGCGAGGGGACCUCGACGACAUGUUUCGAAACGGAAUAUAUGAUUCGAGAUCUAUGCGGUGGAGGAAACUGAGAUGAUACAGUGUUUGGAGACCCUCGCCGAGGGCUGUGGAUGGAACAACGACUUGGACACAAUUUUAGAGAUACAACCAGCCAAAUACUAGAAAUAUUGAGCUCUGGCUCUGUUUUCCCGUUGAACA